UAGUUACUAAAAGAGUGACCAAAAAGUUUUGAGCUUCACUCUUUUUUUUCUCUUCUUUUUUCCUUUCUUUUCCCAAAACUUGCCAUUAUUGCAUAAUGUUUUAGUUUCUGUUUCUCACUGAAAACUUUUGAAAAAAAGGUCCAUAAGAAACAAAAGAGUACCCUGGAUUAGACAUAUAAUUAGUGUUGCCUCAUCACUACCUUUUGGGACAGCAGCAUCUGAAGCUCUCUCUCAUUAUUUCACUCUGUAGUUUACUAUAUAUGAUGGAAAAAUGAUCAUGACAAAGGGGUCUUCUGUCACUGCCAUGGUAGAUCUUGAUCAGGAGCAAACAGCACCUACUGCUGUUAAUAUGAACACCAAAAAGAAGGAACUUCUUUCCACUGCUUUGAAGAGAACCAGUGAAUGGAUUUUUUCUCAAGAGAUUCCUAGCGAUGUUACUAUUCAAGUUGGAGAAGUUUCAUUCUCAUUACACAAGUUUCCUUUAGUUUCGAAGAGUGGACAUAUACGAAAACUGGCAUCGGAAUCUAGUGAUUCUGAUCUUUGUGUCAUCGAGCUUGCUGAUGUUCCUGGUGGGGCAGAAGCGUUUGAACUUGCUGCCAAGUUCUGCUAUGGAAUAAACUUUGAGAUAAGCACAGAAAAUAUUGUCAUGCUCAGAUGUGUGGCAGAGUAUCUUGGGAUGACUGAGGAGUAUGCGGUUGGAAACUUAGUGGGAAGAACUGAAGCUUUCUUGAAUGAAGUGGCACUCAAAAGUCUUGCAGGCGCAGCCUCCAUUUUACAUAUUUCAGAAAGUUUUCUCCCCAUAGCAGAGAAAGUCAAAUUGGUCGGCAAGUGCAUAGAUGCAAUAGCCUAUAUUGCCUGCAAAGAUAGCCAAUUCUGUAUGUCAGGAAGGAGUACUGAAAGUGGGAGUGAGGGUGUGAUUUCUGAAUCAAAACCAGUUGUUGAUUGGUGGGCUGAAGAUCUGACCGUUCUUCGAAUUGAUAUGUUCCAAAGAGUUCUAGUUGCAAUGAUGGCUAGGGGAUUCAAGCAAUAUGCUCUUGGGCCAAUUAUCAUGCUUUAUGCUCAAAAAUCACUGAGAGGUUUGGAAAUAUUUGGUAAGGGAAGGAAGAAAAUUGAGCCACGACAAGAACACGAAAAGCGGGUUGUGCUAGAAACAUUAGUGAGUCUUCUACCAAAGGAGAAAAAUGCUAUGUCAGUUAGCUUUCUUUCAAUGCUGCUCCGAGCAGCGCUAUUUCUUGAGACAACAGUCGCUUGCCGCCUAGAUUUGGAGAAAAGGAUGGGAAUGCAGUUGGGGCAAGCUGUUUUGGAUGAUCUCUUAAUUCCUUCAUAUUCAUUCACUGGAGACACAUUAUUUGAUGUGGGCAGUGUUCAGCGGAUCAUGAUGAAUUUCCUAGAUUACGAAUUGAGUGGUACUCGUUAUGUGUUUAGUGGAGAUGAUGACUAUGUCUCCCCUCCACAAAGUGAGCUCGAACGAGUUGGGAAGCUAAUGGAAAACUACCUAGCUGAAAUAGCCUCUGAUAGAAACUUAUCCAUUUCGAAAUUCAACAGUCUUGCUGAACUUAUUCCAGAACAAUCAAGGGUAACCGAAGAUGGGAUGUAUAGAGCCAUUGAUAUUUAUCUAAAGGCUCAUCCUGCUCUAAGUGACAUGGAGAGGAAGAAGGUUUGCAGCUUGAUGGACUGCCAGAAGCUCUCCCGGGAGGCCUGCGCCCACGCGGCGCAAAACGAUAGGCUGCCGGUACAAACCGUCGUCCAAGUGCUUUACUACGAACAACAAAGGCUCAGAGACGCGAUGAAUGGUAGUCUAUCAGGCAGCGAGUCGCCCGCUAUUCCUUCGGCCAAGAUGAACUUAUAUUCCAAUGACAUGCACCCCGUUUCGGACGAGCUCUCCAGCCUGCGCAGGGAAAAUGAUGGCCUCAAAUUAGAGCUAGUGAAAAUGAAAAUGAUGCUAAAAGAAAUUGAAAGAUCAAACGCAACAAAGUCAACUGCGAGUAGUCCAAGGACAAUCAUGUCAUCACCUGCCGAUAAGCCGCCUCAGCCUAGAAGAUCAUUCAUGAACUCAGUGUCAAAGAAACUUGGGAGGCUUUACCCUUUUGUCCGCUCAGAUGGAAUGACACCUUCAUACAAAGCUCGAGCGAAACCCGCCAAAGAUCGGCGGCAUUCUAUAUCCUGAGCCAUAGUUUAUUUUCUGAGCUAUGUCAUGUCAUACACUGUAAGGAGUUCAGUUUUUCUUGUUGCUUUGUCUCCAACUCUUGAGAAUGAUUACUAGCUAAGAAUAUGUUUUUUUUGGGGGGUUUUAAUUUUACUACUGUGUCUUGUCCUGCUCUGUAUGGAAGAUUGUUGUAAAUAAUAACUAUGUUUUUGUGUAAGAUGAAUAUUUUAAUAAUGGGUGGAAGAAUGUAAAGGGAGUGGAAUCAUUCAAAGUAUUUUGAUUUUUGUGA